AUGGUGGGCGUUUUCCGACGUUCUCUUUCUUUCCCAAACAAGCCUGGCUCCGCCGCGGCCACCCGUCAACCGAAGCCUCGGAUUUCCCGCCACCUCCGAUCCAUCAGUUUACCAUGUAGAUCCCAUCCCUUGAUCUCUUCCCUCAAGGAUGAGAUCGCCAAUCUCAAAUCUUGGUCGUCCACCGACCACCGCACCGCCGCUUGGCUUUGCCGCGGUCUAGCCACCGUCAAACUCAUACAUGACUACCUUGACGACAUCCUCCAACUCCCUCAGUCACGUGAGUCUAUGCGUCGGCUCUCGGCCACGUGGGUCGAGAACGUUCUAGAAGGCUUCCUCCGCUUCAUCGACGCGUACGGAAUCUUCCAGAGCCUCAUCCUAGGGUUUCUAGAGGAGCACGUGGCAGCGCACGUGGGAAUGCGGAGAAAAGAGGAAACAAAAGUAGAGUUGUACAAAAAAGCACGAAAACGGAUGGCGAAAGAAACAGGGAAGUUGGGUUGGGUAGUCCGGGCGGGUGUGACGGAGGCUGCGGUGGUUUCAGAGGAGGACGAGGAGUUGACGGUGGUGGUAAAGGAUGUGAUGGAGGUGACCGGGAUGGUUUCUGUGGCAGUUUUUGAGGGUAUUGGUGUAUCUUUGGGAUGGAGGAGAAGGAAUAGGAAUUGGAUGGGGAAGGGGAAGAAGGUUAAGGUUGAGAAUGGGAUAAUGGAGUUUAUGGAAGUGAGUAUUGAAAAAGGUGAGGAGGAUGAAGUGAAAAUGAAGGAUUUGGAGGAGUGGAUUAAGAGCAUACAAAGUGGAGCUCAGAAUCUCUUUAGAACUUUGAUGAAUACUAGAGUCUCUAUACUCAAUUCUCUCUCCCAUUAA